UGUAUGACGUGUUAUAUAUAUAUAUAUAUGUUUACAUUGUUCCGGUACGAGAAAAAUGAAGUUCUCCCUGUCCUUGGUGUAUCAUUAUUAUUUCGAGUUUGAACCUUUUCAAUGAAAGUGUGGUUUAAUAUAUAAAAGCUCAAAUUUACCGUCGAAAACGCUUUCUUAGGUGAAAGUAUGCCAAGUAUAGAGUUUGAACAACGAAGCAACGGCUCAGCGUCAGAGGCACAAAUGUUUCCAGAGUUUCCAGAAUUUUUAGAAGGGAGCGAUUCAUUCAUUCCUGAUGACCUUUUUCAAUCAAUGAGCUUUGAAUUGGGGAUACCUAUCGGGCCAGAGGAGACGCUCCUGGAUUAUGAUAAAGGGAAUGAUGGGAUGAAAAACAUAUUUGACUAUUAUAAAGAAUUUGACUUUGAUUAUGCGAAAGACAAAUCAGUGCUGGAAAAUGCCGAGACAAUUAAGUUUGAACCUGAAAGCCCAGCUGCACAGUUUCCACUAUCGCCCAGUAGCCUCAGUCACUCGGAGACCAACGAUUCAGACAGACAAGUGGGAUGUCCGACGCAAGAAUUGUCAAACUGUGCGAUACAAAAUGUGAAAACAGAGUUUCCUUUAGAGACACCAUUGAUUUCCUCUUCGCAAUGCGUAUCGCCGUUGUCGCUAUCGCCUCAAUCGUCUUCAAGUACGUCAAGUGUAAUGCAACAAGUACAAUUCAUAUCUGUGAACGAGGAAGACAUUAAACCAAAAUAUAUCCUUGCGAAGGCGGAAACGAAGAAACGCGCUCACAUUCAGCCUAUAAAUAUCGCACAACAUGUUAAAUACGUUAAAGAGGAGCCUCAAAAUACUAUCUUCUUGCAAGACAUUGCCACGUUCGCACAGAAUGCAAAUUCGCAGCGUGUAUUGUAUCCCACGAAACUUCGGAUAUUACCGACGAAUAAACAAAAUUCAUUGUGUAUCAGCCCGACAGAUAAAAAGGCGGAAACCGCCUCGUUUACGUUACCGCAAAACGUAAAAAUAAUCAAUACUGUGUCAAACGUUUGCCCAACAAAUACUACCGAGUCAAUAGAUGCUUCUACUAUUUUAAAUAACGAUUCGGUGAAGUGUAACAACAUCGUUGUUGCAAACAAGACCAUGAGGUAUACUCCAUUUCAAAUAAUGCGGAACAGAAUAAACUCCGAUUCAAUAAUUAUACAGAAUGAAACAAUCGAUCUCGUGAGCUCGCCAAAAAAUAAUCAGGAAUAUAAAUUGAAGGCGUUAAAGAGACAACAAAGAAUGAUAAAAAAUAGAGAAUCUGCUUGCCUCUCGCGAAAGAAGAAAAAAGAAUAUGUAACUUCUUUGGAGAAACAAAUAUCUGAGUUGAAAGAAGAAAAUAAAGAAUUAAAAUUGGAAAAUACAGCCUUAAAACAGAGACUAUCGGAAAUGGAAAAUGAUGUAACAAAUAAUAACAAACAUGGAAAUUUCAGUUUUAAACCUUUGAGAAAGAAAAUAAAGGGAAGCGCUAUUUUCCUCGGUAUAUUUUUCAUGAUAUCUCUAAACAUUGAUGGUUUUAGGUAAGUGCAGUAAUGCAUCUGUUUAUUUAUGCAU